CAAGCCGCGUCGGCGCAGCGCACAGAGCGGGACCCUCCGCCCGCCCACUCCCCCGCCUGUCCCGCUCCGUGCCCCGGCUGGACAGCGAGCGCGAGCCUCGACCUCCGGGGACCGAGGAGCCACCCCCGGGCGCACAGCCCGGCAGAAGUUGGGCAGCGCCGGGCAGCUGCGACCCGAGCGCGGUGGGCGGAAGGCGCAGCCAAGUGUUCGGGCCAAGCCGCAGGGACCGCGGGGAGGGGGCUGGAGUUCGCUCUGCGGAUCCCUCCGCCCCGGGGCGCGGGGCAGGCGGGAAAUGCUGAGCCCGCGCCCCAGCGGGCGCCGCCGCCGUAGCAGCCUCGGCAGCAGCGGCUCCGGCCUCGGCGGCAGCGGCGGGACAGCGGCGGCGCGGGCGGCGCAGGCGCACUGGGCCCCGCGGAGCCUGCGGUUCCCGAGCCGCGCGCGCUGCACCUCCCCGGUCUGGGCAGCGGCGGCCGGGGCAGCGCUUCUACCAUGAGCUGCCGGGUGCUGCUCCCCAGAGCCGCUCACCCUCCGCGUCGCGCUGGAGACACCGCCCGGGGACCCCGCCGCCGCCGCCGCGCCCCCUCGUCUCUCGGCUCGGUCUGCACCUGCAGCUUCUCUUCCUGCAGCCCCCCCUCCCCCGCCGCGGAUCCGGACCCAGGAUGCCGGGGGGCAAGAGAGGGCUGGUGGCACCGCAGAACACGUUUUUGGAGAACAUCGUCAGGCGCUCCAGCGAAUCGAGUUUCUUACUGGGAAAUGCCCAGAUUGUGGAUUGGCCUGUAGUUUAUAGUAAUGACGGAUUUUGUAAACUCUCUGGAUAUCACCGAGCUGACGUCAUGCAGAAAAGCAGCACUUGCAGUUUUAUGUAUGGUGAAUUGACUGACAAGAAGACCAUUGAGAAAGUUAGGCAGACUUUUGACAACUACGAUUCAAAUUGCUUUGAAGUUCUUCUGUACAAGAAAAACAGAACCCCUGUUUGGUUUUACAUGCAAAUUGCACCAAUAAGAAAUGAACAUGAAAAGGUGGUCUUGUUCUUGUGCACUUUCAAGGAUAUUACAUUGUUCAAACAGCCAAUAGAGGAUGAGUCAACAAAAGGUUGGACAAAAUUUGCUCGAUUGACACGGGCUUUGACAAAUAGCCGAAGCGUUUUGCAGCAGCUCACGCCAAUGAAUAAGUCAGAGGUGGUCCACAAACACUCAAGAUUAGCAGAAGUUCUUCAGCUGGGCUCGGAUAUCCUUCCUCAGUACAAGCAAGAAGCUCCAAAGACACCACCGCACAUUAUUUUACACUAUUGUGCUUUUAAAACUACUUGGGAUUGGGUGAUUUUAAUUCUUACCUUCUACACCGCCAUCAUGGUUCCUUACAACGUUUCCUUCAAGACGAAGCAGAACAACAUAGCCUGGCUGGUGCUGGACAGUGUGGUGGACGUUAUUUUUCUGGUUGAUAUCGUUUUAAAUUUCCACACGACUUUUGUGGGGCCUGGCGGAGAGGUCAUUUCUGACCCCAAGCUCAUAAGGAUGAACUAUCUGAAAACGUGGUUUGUGAUUGAUCUGCUUUCUUGUUUACCUUAUGACAUCAUCAAUGCCUUUGAAAACGUGGACGAGGGAAUCAGCAGUCUCUUCAGUUCUUUAAAAGUGGUGCGGCUCUUACGACUCGGCCGUGUGGCUAGGAAGCUGGACCAUUACCUGGAGUACGGCGCGGCAGUCCUCGUCCUCCUGGUGUGUGUGUUCGGGCUGGUCGCCCACUGGCUGGCCUGCAUCUGGUACAGCAUUGGAGACUAUGAGGUCAUCGACGAGGUCACGAACACCAUCCAAAUAGACAGUUGGCUCUACCAGCUGGCCUUGAGCAUCGGGACUCCGUACCGAUACAACACCAGUGCAGGGAUAUGGGAAGGUGGGCCCAGCAAGGAUUCCCUGUAUGUGUCCUCUCUCUACUUUACCAUGACAAGCCUUACAACCAUAGGAUUUGGAAACAUAGCUCCGACCACCGACGUGGAGAAGAUGUUUUCUGUGGCCAUGAUGAUGGUUGGCUCUCUUCUUUAUGCAACUAUUUUUGGAAAUGUUACCACAAUUUUCCAGCAAAUGUACGCCAACACCAACCGGUACCAUGAGAUGCUCAAUAACGUACGGGACUUUCUGAAGCUCUAUCAGGUCCCCAAAGGCCUCAGUGAACGAGUCAUGGACUACAUUGUCUCCACGUGGUCCAUGUCAAAAGGGAUUGACACAGAAAAGGUCCUUUCCAUCUGUCCCAAGGAUAUGAGAGCUGAUAUCUGUGUUCAUCUAAACCGGAAGGUUUUUAAUGAACAUCCUGCCUUUCGACUGGCCAGCGAUGGGUGUCUGCGCGCCUUGGCGGUAGAGUUCCAAACCAUUCACUGUGCUCCUGGAGACCUCAUCUACCAUGCUGGAGAGAGCGUGGAUGCCCUGUGCUUUGUGGUGUCAGGAUCCUUAGAAGUCAUCCAGGAUGAUGAGGUGGUGGCUAUUUUAGGGAAGGGUGAUGUGUUUGGAGACAUCUUCUGGAAGGAAACCACCCUGGCUCACGCCUGUGCCAACGUGCGGGCUCUGACCUACUGUGACUUGCACAUCAUCAAGCGGGAAGCCUUGCUCAAGGUCCUGGACUUCUAUACAGCGUUUGCAAACUCAUUCUCAAGGAAUCUCACUCUUACCUGCAAUCUGAGGAAACGGAUCAUCUUCAGGAAGAUCAGCGACGUGAAGGAGGAGGAGGAGGAACGUCUUCGGCAGAAGAACGAGGUGACCCUGAGCAUCCCCGUGGACCACCCGGUGCGGAAGCUCUUCCAGAAGUUCAAGCAGCAGAAGGAGCUGCGGAACCAGGGCUGCGCGCAGGGCGAGCCCGAGCACGGUCCGCGGCAGGUGCACAGCCCGCGGCAGGUGCACAGCCCACGGCAGAACGGCGCCCCCAUCACCGGCACCAGCGUGGUCACCGUGUCGCAGAUCACGCCCAUCCACACCUCCCUGGCUUACGUGAAAACCGGCGAGUCCCUGAAACAGAACAACCGCGAUGCCCUGGAGCUGCAGCCCAAUGGUGGUGGCGCUGAGCCCAAAGGCCUCAAGGUCAACAGCCCCCUAAGAAUGAAAAACGGGAACGGGAAGGGCUGGCUGCGCCUCAAGAACAGCGUGGGCGCCCCGGAGGAGAAGGAAGACUGGAACAAUGUCACCAAGGCCGAGUCCCUGGGGCUGCUGUCAGAGGAACCCAAGGGCAGCGACUCGGAGGGCAGCGUGGCCAAAAACCCGCUCAGGAAAACAGACUCUUGCGACAGCGGCAUCACAAAAAGUGACCUUCGUUUGGACAAGGCCGGGGAGGCCCGGAGCCCGCUGGAGCACAGCCCGGUGCAGGCGGACGCCAAGCACCCGUUUUACCCCAUCCCCGAGCAGGCCUUACAGACCACGCUGCAGGAGGUCAAGCAUGAACUCAAGGACGACAUCCAGGGGCUCAGCUGCAGGAUGGCCGCGCUGGAGAAGCAGGUGGCCGAGAUCUUAAAAAUACUGUCGGAAAAAAGCGCCCCCCAGACCUCUCCUCCCGCAGCCCACCUGCCACCCCAAGUACCUCCCCAGAUCCCAUGUCAGGAUAUUUUUAGUGUUUCAAGGCCUGAAUCGCCUGACUCUGACAAAGAUGAAAUCCACUUUUAAUAUAUAUACAUAAAUAUAUAUAUAUAUAUAUACGUAUAUAUUUGUUAAUAUAUUAAAACAGUAUAUACAUAUAUCUAUUUUCACUUGCUUUCAAUAUGACAAACACAACCUGGAUUUUGAUAUGUAAAUAUUGCAUGUCCAGCUGGACUCUGGCCUGCCAAAGAAGAUGAUUAUAAUUGAAAACGUAGAUACUGCUUGUAUAUGAUGCAGUUGACUGCAUGCACACUUUGAAAUUUAUAAUCUCUAUUCUAUAACGAAAAAGUAUGAUUUUUGUUAACCAAGGCAAUGUCAUAUUUGAAGAAUCAGGGUCCAACCUGCCAAGGUCGCCAUGAAAAAUUUGAUCUCAGGCUGAGUAUACCGAGCUGUCAUUUCCUCACUGUUCUGUUGAAAUUAUAGAUGGAUAUGCCAAGAAGAAUUCAGUCUUUUAAACUCUUAGUAUCAUUUUAUGGUAUCUUUCCAUAGGAUGUUCUUCUGUAACUUUGUGCCCCCCCAACUCCCAGGCAAUGUUCUCUCCAUUGAAAUGACUGUUUUGUUGCCUAAAGUCACAUAGCAGUGUCGAAUAUUGAAAACAUAUUGCUAUGGGUUUUGUGCAUGAAUUGCAUUUUUGCUAACCUAUACCGCUCCUUUUUUUUUUUUUUUAACAUUAUACUUAGGUAGUAAUCAUUAACUCUUAUGUAAGGAAAUCCCCACCCUCUCUGUCUUGGAGAACAGCUGCCAUCAUGUAAGCUAACGAUAUCAACAUCAUAAAUACCGAUUUAUUAAUAUAGUGUAUGUUGUUAUAAAAAUACUGCACCACAGGGUAUAAGGGCCUUUUAACAAUUCAUGUUAGAGAUGCUGUUUUUUUCCCACGGUGAUGAACGCUCUAAAUAUGUGAAUUCUAAAACUUGUUCAAGAGUGAGGUUGAACAAGAGAAAGGCUCUUAGCAAAGAAAUAUACCAAAAAAAAAAAAAUUGAAGCAAUCAUAUCAAAAUUCAAAUUAUCAUAACACAAAAUAAAAAAAGAAUGUCAACAGGCAAGUUUUUGUAACAUCUCUGUAACUUGGAAUGAAACGCUGGUUCAGUUUGUUGACACAUGAUUCUUAACUGUUGGUAGUGAUAACACAGAAGGUGGUAAAAAACUAACAAACCAAGAAGUGGAUGUUAAAUCUCUUAACUCAGAUAGCUGCUUUUCUGUCACUUUAUUCUGGUUACAAUUUUCUAAGGCUUUUUUUGCACACAGGUCUACUGCUGGACUUCUGCUGAGUUGAUACAAUAGACUGCUAUGCCCAGCAGAUUCACUUAUGAAGGAGGGUUACUAAAAUUUUUAUAGUCUUUUGGGUCACAAAUCCUCUUUUUAGAAAGUGCCUAUUAUCAACUAAAAAAAGUCACAAAGAGUUAUGCAUAGCUGUGUAUUAAGCUAGUCCCUUAAAUAGUCCAGAUUGAGAAUAAAGUAUGCAUUUAUUUGUAAGAACCUAGGCGAAUACCUUUCAGUUGACUAAAAUAUAUUUUAUGAAUUUGUUCAGAGAGGCACACUUUUCUGUCAGUGCAUGUGUGAUAUUUAAUAUUAGCAUCAGGGGAGUUAGUAUUUGCAUCAAGUUGAAAAUACAUGCCAAUAAUUUACCUAUUGCUAAACCACCUGUACAUAGGUAUUAACGCAAAGGAUGGAAGAAUUAAAGGAGAUAUUUUGGUCUAUUACACCCAUUUUUAUAAGCUUUUCUAACUUUCUCCCAAUAUCCCCACCACAGCCAUCAGAACUGAAAGACAAGUUAUCACAAUCAGACUGGGGAGUAUAAAAUAGCAAUUUAUAAAAACAGUUGCUGUUUUAGAAUUUCUGUGAGAACUUCUUCACAUGCCCACAAGAUGUGCCUCUGCAAUCUGGGCGCCUCAGGACACGUUAUAUGCCAUGGGCUCCGUUUCCCUUUCUUGCUUUGUGUAUGAGACUUCCAGUACGCCGCAUAAUGGAAGUGUUCAGGGGAGCAUGUGUCCACGCUAUGCUACAAUAUCUACCUACCAUAGGGACAAGGAAAUGAAAUCCUUGUGGGGUAAAGAAUCAGCCCUGAAAUUGGGGUUUUGUUGCUCUCCAGGUGAGAAUGGUAUCUUUUUCAUGACCUCUGACAAUUAUUGCCUUUCAGGAUAUUUUUUCUAUUAGUUUAAGUCAAGUUUGGCUAAAGCCUUUAAAGGUGAAUGAGUGGUAAUAAUAAUAAUAAUAAUAAUAAACGGAGUAAGGAAAUGGUUAGCUUAACUUUAGCCACAUGCUUCAAAAAUACCUAUUGGUGUAAAGCACUAAAAGAGCGACUGUGAGAUCGCCUGGGGUGCUGCAGUUGCCGUCCACCCCUUUCUGUACGAGUAGAGCAAAUACGCGCUGUGUUCUGACAUUGACUCAGCGUUUUACCUAAUCGAUCCACAAUAUGAGUGUUCAUAGGAAAGAAACAUAGUGGCUUUCAACUAUUCCGGGUUGUUGAGAAGAAAGGAAAGCCUCAGCUGUUCAUUUACGGUGCAGUCAUCCUGGUAUUCUUUCCAGCCACCUCUGCUCUCUGUGUGCGUGACGUGGUGCUGAAUGUCCUCCACUCUCAUCAACAGGAAUGCGUGUAUUCAGCAAACACUGUAUAUAGGCUCCAAGAUUCCACACUUCUUAGCAGUUGAAUUUACUCAGAUUUGAAUGAAGGGUGAGCACUUGCUUUAAUACUCACAAUAACAAUGCUGUCGCAUUCUCUGUUGCCUCAGCUGGCACCUAGACGGGCGAUGCUGUUGGGGGGACCAGACAACUGCAUGUUUUAUUUCUACACUGUAUAGAUACCAUUGGUGCAGCCAGAAUAAAAUUUCUACUGUUCUAUUUCUUGUAUUAAUAGGAGUAAAUGGAUAUGUAUUUAAAAUCCAAACGUUUUCCAAAGCAAUGUACACACCUUCAAUAUUUUUCUAUGAUACUAGGUAGGAUCAGAUGCUGUAUCCAGGACAGGUGGUUGUAACAUAAGAGCAAAAGGCAAACAAGAAUGGAAAUGCAAAUUCUGUACUGUAAUGACAAGUUUUAACAGUCUGCAUCAGGAUAUUGGUGCACUAAAUGUGACCUAGUAGAUGGAUAAGUUUAUGAUAAAAAGCAAUUAGGUACACAAAGGCCAGGUGACAAUACCGAAGCUGCAUGAAUGGUCCUUAAAAUCAUUCAGGCAUAAUGGUUGAAUACAGACCCAUACUUCAUUGUUAAAAUGGAAAAUUUUUAUUGAGUCUGGUUUCAUCUCACACUAAGUAGAGGAGGAUAAAUGUCCUAAGUACUUAAAAAAAAAAAAAAAAGGAACUUUAGGUAGAUAAGGGAAAAGAGAAUUUGAAAAUUGGGGGGUUUUAAUUCCUGCUGGAACAAAUAUAUACUCAUUCUGUACCCAAUACUUUAAUAAAAAUAUUACUUAUGACCAUGACCUAAAGUGCCAUUUUGAAAAUAAACAUUGUUGGACCGAAAUGAAAAUCACAUUUUCCCUUACAUUUAAGGAGAUUUUGUUCACCUGUGUGAUCUUGUCCAUUUGCAGUCCUAUCUUAAAUUGCUAAAUUUUUUUGGAAAACUUUUUUUUUAAAUCUUCUGAGCAGUUACUAUUUUGAAGUGCACAUGGCUAAUUGUGAAAUUGUCAUCUUCCCAAUGAGUUCCACUAUCUUGUAUAGUUUUUAUCUCAUAAGCUAUUUUCUCUGAGUAUCAUUUCCGAAAUUUCGGGUAGGUAAUGAGAAAAUUUGUCUAUAGCGUGCUUCUCAUACCUGGAUAGUUUUAAAAUAUGAAUAUCUUACAACCAUGUAAAUGUUGCGCUUUCAUAAUUUUUAUUAAGUAGAAGAGUAUUUCUCUUCUGGUAUUGGUGAAAAAGGUGGAAGAAAAAUACAGUCUUUUGGAAAACACCGUGGAAUGAGUUUCUGAGCUCUGUCUUGGAUUCUGAUUCUAGCUUUGCCACAAUCAAGUGGUGUAAUUUUGGGCAAGCUAACGUUUUUCCUAGUGCCCAGUGUUUUGAUUCCCCAACCAGUAAGUAAUACAAUGAGGCUAAGAGCUGCUCUGUUCUUAGAGAGAGAUCCUGUUAGGCUAAUGGAAAAUCAUCUUUCGCUCAGAUGAAAAUCACAUUAGGACAAAUUACACCUUUUUCUUUCAUAAGAGAUUGGCUGUGAUGUGCUAUCUAAAUAUUCUUCUAGAUUUCAAGAGAGAUUUCUCUGGUCAAAAGUUGGAGAGAGGCAUAGGUUGCUCGUAAUUAUUAGUGGCAGGUGAGCAUACAGCUUGAUACUUACCUGGGAAUUUAGAACUUACUAAAUGCAGAAUACAAAUACCUACAUACAAUAACUAAGAAAAUGCCAUGAAGGCUUAUGUUGAACAGUUUGAUGAGAAUAUUUCAGAUUGUAUAUGAAACCAGCACAUUGUACCCCUUGAUUGCACUAAUGUACACAGCUAUGAUUUAACAAUAAAAAAAUUAUAAAAAAAAUAAAGAGAGGAUAAUAAAAAAAGGAAAAAAAUAGAACUACUGAUCAAAUAAACAUGGAGAAAAUAAAGGUCUGUUGAGGGAAGGAAAAAAGAAAGAACAGGUGAAUUUUGUGAUUUUUUUUCUUAUUGCACUUAAUCAUAUGGCUCACCAGAGAUACUCAUCUUGUGAAAAAAGGGCAUGUGCAUGUUGGUAAGUAUUCAGGGUACAGUAAGUCAUCCUUCAACUUUUUGUAUAAAAUUAAUCACGGCUUGUUUAAGAUACAUGAUUCCACAUCAGCAGAUGUUCUUAUGAAAGAAUUCUUUGCUGUGUACCAGAUAUUCAAAGUUUUGAUAUGUGUUAUGACUGAAGAUUUUCCAUCACUAGGUUUUUAAGCUGAGACCCAUGUGUUUGCUUGCUUUACGAGGGUCAGGGCCAGUGAGGAUUCAGACUGAGAGCCAGGAAGGUGAUGAAGGAAGGCCUGGAGAAGACAGAGCAGAAUCUAUCCACUUUUACUCGCAGGCUUAGAUGGAGCAGAAUCUAUCCACUUUACUCGCAGGCUUAGAAGGCAGAUAAACCAAUGCAGCUCAUGUUGCUUGCCUUUUCACUAUGUGAAACACUUUCGUUAGAGUAUCAAAUUUAACAAUUCUUGCUAUAAUCCUAUGAAGGAAUAGGUCAAGGAACUUAUCCAGGGUAGCAUAGCUAUUAAGUAGCAUUGAAAUGCUAAUUAAAGGCAGGAAGGCCUUAGAGAGAAAACUUCAUUCUAUAGAAUACUGCCAUGGUAAUGACUACCUAGUUCAACCAUAAAAUCCAAGUCUUUCAAGACACUUAACUUGUAAAAGUUCCUUAAUUAAAUUCUUUUAAUUGCAUUCUAUAGUGUGAAUGUAAAUGUUUGCUUUUCCUUGGUAGGUCAGAGUAAAUGGGAGAGUCAUAACUGUUGUAAUUAAAAGAUGCCCUGUCCCAAGGAUGGAAUCUUUUUUUCACUUCUCCCAAUAGUUGAAAGGCAUCCCUGGAGGUAAACUGUCAACGUGGUUAUCAGUAAGAAGCAAAUUUGACAUGUGGUCCCUGAUACCAUCAUUUUCUUUCCCAGUUGAAUUUUAACUUAAAGAGGGAAUACACGAUGGUUAAGGAAAGUAAAAGUUAUUGGGGAAUUUUCAUAUGAUUUCCCUUUAUCAGUAAUGAGGUUUGGAUAAGACUCCAGAAAGACUGUAUUUUAAGAAUUUAUCCUUUGACCCAUUGGAUUUUAAGGAGAUUAUUCAGAUACUUUUAUUGAUUGCACAAAUGUGGCUUCUUGGCCAAACUACUAUUAAAUGCAUUAUCCAAAUGAACUAUCUCUUUUUAGAAUGGUAAAUUGGGUUCUUAUUUCUAAAUUUAAUGAGCCCAUUGUAUGGAGCUUUACUUCACAGAGUUUAAAUAAUUUUCUCUGAUAAGAAGAAGUUAGCUUUUGAAUUUUAUUUGUUCCACCCUUUGAUAUUUGUUAAAGUAAAUGUCUGGAGAUGAGAAAAAACAAGAUAUUACCACGUGACGCCUGUGAUUCUCAGCCCAAACCAUCUUGCUUUCUUUCACUUUGCAAAUAACAAAGCCAGGGGCAACCACAGAAGGAACAUUCUACGUUUUGUGUGUGUGAUGCAGUCCAGGGACACUAAUCCAAUGGUUUUUUGAAUUAGUGCCGAUCCAUUCCUUAUUUUUUAUUGUCAUUUCAUUAUUAUUUAAAUGAAGUCAUGAUGUGUACUGAUUGUAAAGGCACUUGGUUAAAGACCAACUGACCAGAAAGUGCAGUGGGGCCAGUGAUGACUCAGGAGGAGGCAGGGACCAGGACAGAUAGGUUCCCCUCCAUGGGGUCUCUGUGGAUGGUGCCUUUUGAAUAGUAUUUUUUUUUUUUUAAGGUAACGCAUUGUCAUGGCUAUUGUUAAAAUUUUAACAAAGUAUUUGGAAUCAGUUGAAAGCGUGUCACAUGUGAGGGCCUUUUUAGUAAUAGGGUGGCCCCUAGCAACUCCAGAGUUCAUACGUAGCCUCUGGUUCUGACCUGUGUGACCAGGCCCAGGAGCGUUUAGCCAGCUGGCUACAUCCUGACCUGAAGAAGGAAAAGAUCCUGACCUCUCUCAUUCAUGAAGAAUGACCAGAAUAGUCAAGGCAAAUAAAUAUUCACCCUAAUGCUUGUAUAAACCAGAUUGAGUAUCCCUAAUAACUAAUUAAAGUCUUUCAUUGUCAAAAUACUUUAUCCUCAUUCUCUGCUAAACUGUCUUUGAUAAUGUAAAAUUUAACUUCUUCUUUCCAAGGUCGGACUUCAUCACUAAGUAAUGUAGGGAAAUCGGUCCUCAUGAAAGGAGCAAUGUAAAGACAGUUAUUGAUCACAGAACUAAACAAUGUAAACACAAUUAUUGAUCACAAAACUGUUGGUGUCACGGAUCCCUCCUUUGUUCCUCAACUUCCCCAAUAAAAGUAUGAAGGAAAAGUUUCCUGAUGAGGCCAUGAUUGAGAAAGAAUAGCCAGAAAAACUAUGCAAAAUCACACACACACACACAAAAAAAGAUUCAUUGCUAAUUCCAUGUCCAAGAAAGUUUGAUAGACUUGAGUCUUUAAUAUUGGAUGUUAUGUCAUAGCCAUGACUUGUCAGCAUACAACCCAAACACACUUUACUUUAAAAAUCAAGGUUACUUAACGUAUUUUAUUUUUAGAAAAAACAGAGGCAAGUAUUGCUUUUUGACCUGUGCAGUGAUAUUUUCACAUGUGGUUCUCGUGAUCCUUUGUCAGACAGGGGGGUCCCCAUUGGCCUGUAUCUUCUUAUAGCUGUGUUGGUAUCUCCCAUCAAGCAGUUGCCUUCCACCUUAGAACCUCUUCACAUUUAACCAAGCAAGAGGGAACACGUUUUUCAUAUUAGGAACAGAUUUCUUAAAAGAUUAUCACAUUAAAAUUGGAAACCAGGUCAGAACCAUUUUUACCCUAAAAUAUCCAUUAUAGGUUAUUGAAAGAGAAAUGACUUUUAGAAGUUCUUGGUACUUAAGCAACACAAAUGAAAACGUGCAGAUUUAUGAAAUAUUGCAAACUACAGUUUUUUAAUGGUAUGUUCUAGAGACUGUUUACGUUAGUUGCAGCAUUUUGUAUACUGUAAUGUAAAUUCCUGACUAUAAUGCUUAGGUUCUUAUGGGAAUUAAUUUUGCAAAUUCUUAAAUGUUUUUUUCCACUGCAUCUGUAUUUGUGAAAAUUUUCAGGUAUUAAAAAUACCUGAAAGGGUUAUUUCACUGGAAAUAAUUAAUUCAUGUAUUGACCAGGGAAACAAUGCAGGGACUUCAUGUGAGAUUUUUUAAUACCAUGAUGCUAAGCAGUACUUGUCUGCUCUUUUCAAAACCUAACUCAUGCUAAGCAGAUUGUGUUUCUACUUAAAGAUAUUGCAGUGUGUAAUAUAAAUAUUUUGUAUGUACUGUUGGUCUGUCACCUGAUUGCUGAAAGGAUGUGUGAAAGCAUUAUAACUGUGACUUUAGGGUUAAUUCUGAAAUACUUGUGAUCAAAAUUCGAUCACUUCUGGGAAGUUUGUAGAGAUUAUCACUUUAUUUAAAGUUUAUUCUCAAGAAAUAGUCAUUUUAAAAAGUGAAUUGGCAGGUGGAAGAUUUCUAACCCAAAAGAAUUCUGGGUUUCAGCACAAUAAACUUUAUUUCAUCAGGGAGGAUUAACUUUGCUUUUUUUUUUUUUCACAGUUAUUUAAAUGUGGAUAUUUUUUCAUGAUAUAGAAUAAAAUGUGCAUUUUAUGG